UGGACAAGGCCUUUUGUUUGCAUCCAGAACAAGACACUGCGUUGAAUAAUUUCCCUAGUGCUGCUUUCGCCCCGAGUCUGACCGUCCAUGCCUAGAAGACACGUAUGAGGGUCAGUUGCUGGGGCGAGUUGUCCUCUGAGUUGUUGUCAGGCUUAUGAGAAUACAAUGCCCUCGUGAUUGUGGCUACACGGUACGGCUUAUCUUGCUCCCGGGAUAUCCCAGCUGUCGAGCGGGAGGUAAACAAAAGCGAUCCUGCCUGCCAAUUGUCGUUGCCGAACAAUGAGAUUAUGGCGAACAAGAAUGGAUCCGAAUGUCUGGAUGAGGACAUGCAAGCUGAUCUGACAUUCAAGAUUUUGGUCUUAGGGGACAGCAGUGUUGGUAAAACCUGUUUAACCUGUCGGUUUUGUGAAAACGCAUUCGUAGGUUCUAGUUCUACGCACGCACCAGUGCCUACCGUGGGUCUGGACUUCAAACAGCGCAAUGUCACCCUAGAUGAUACCAAAAUACAGCUUCAAAUAUGGGACACUGCAGGACAAGAGCGAUAUCGCACACUUACCACUGCAUAUUACAGAGGUGCUAUGGGAAUACUUGUGCUGUUUGACAUCACCAAUGAAACAAGCUUCAAUCAUAUAACAAGCUGGUUGGAAAAUAUAUCCCAGAACGCCUCCCCAGAUGUCUGCAAAGUGUUAGUCGGAAACAAAUGCGACGACGAAGCCAGGAGAAAAGUGUCCACCAUGAGGGCCAUCAAUCUCGCCAGUGCCUUUGAUCUCCUGUUUUAUGAGACCAGCGCCAAAAUGUCUGUCAAUGUGGAGCCCGCAUUCAUGGCAUUAGUCAAGCAAAUGCUCACUAAGCAACAACAUAGGCUACAUCGUCUUCAGAGCACCGACAAAGUCAUCCAUGGCAACCGGCUGGAGAAAUUCAAGAAGAAGGAAGCAAAAUGGUGUGGUUGCUGAGUGGCUUCAGUCAGCAUCCUGAUUCUACUUGUUCUGCACUGCUGAUGUACAUGUAAGGUGUGAAGACAAUGCUCAAACUUGUUCAACUUGCGGAUUAUUAUUUUUUUGGGGGGGGCGUUGUCUUUCUUGUGCAUGCAGCUCCUGUCUACCUCAAAUGUUUGGUAAAAUAUUUCUUCCUAGGGUUUCCUUGAUGUCUUGUAAAAACUUGAUUUACCCAAACAAAAAAGUGUUAUAUUUUAUCACGGGAUGUAAAUAUUCUGAUUAUUUGCUUUGUGAACUCUUAGUUAUACAGUUAUAUAGGCUCUGUUGAGUUCUUUGUGCUUUGUACAACUGUCGUUUCUUGUAUUUGUAUGUAGCGUGCCCUUCAAUUUAAUUCAGACAGGCUACAUGUGAGGAUAGACUCAGUUCUUUCAAGCUAUUGGCUGUACAUGUAUGAGGCCAUUCUAAAGUGGUCAUGGGGGAUCAAGCUAGGGGCAGGGAUGUACCGUAGUGAGGGGAGGAAGAGGCACUUUGUCUUUGGGGGAUGGCCUUUUUGAACAUGUAAAUGGCAGAUUGAGGAUUUUUGCAGAUGGGUUAUACAUGUACAUGUUGGUUGUGAGGAGGUGGACAGAGCACGCUGGAUAUUUUCAGGUGGAAUGUGCUCCUGAUCUCCAAGUGGCUGUGCUGCUGGGUAGCCCAUCAAAUUUCUCUCAGGAGUCAAACCAACGGUUUGAAAAGCUUAGACAUGGGAGAAGUGAAUGCAGUAGUCAAAGCACCUGAGGAUGUCCUUUAGUUUUACAAACUGUUCUUUGACUGUUGACGAUGGAUGAGCCAGCCUGUGCCUAGCAGUCCCCUGCCUUUGUCGGUUGAUUGAAUUUUGACUGGUCACAGUGCCAAUCAGAAUUAUGAUUGUUGCAGGAGAAAGUGAAUGGAAAUAUGACUACAAGUAUGUAUGACUGUUAUAAUUGAAAGAAAACACUAAAUGUUCAAACAAUUAUAGUUUUGAUCAAAUGUUAUAGUGCUCAUUUGAUGGAAUUAGUCCACAUUUCACACAUGCGUUGGGGUGCUUCUUUCUCAAUGAUUUUCUAGCGUUUAUAUCCUGCACUUCCAGAUUCUAAGACUUAGUACGUAGGAGUACUUGCCAAGGUAGGUAAUGCUUUUAAUUUAUUUGCAUGGUGCAAUAUUAAAACCAAAAAAUUACCCAUAAUAAUACUCAGACCAGUGGUAUCUUUCAAUGGAAAUGUUUUACAAAGAAUUUUAAAGGCACUGGUCUAAAAAAUGUAAAGAUUGCCAAAAUACUAUUUAAAAACCUGUACCAACACUUUUUUCCAAACCAGAAGCUUUUACGCAAAAGUUUAAUUUUCCUUUCAAGUCUUUCUUGCCACUUUCACGUAACUGUAUGUGUAUCAAACAGUUUUAAUCCUUCGUGAGGUGUGAUUUUUCUCCUGAAUGUAUGUGUGGAGAGUUUUAAUUUACUCUCAUUAUUAAGAUGAAUAUAACAUCUAGGGGGCAGUCUUCAAUAUUCACUUCAAUAUUCACUGAUCUGGUGAUCAGUGAAUAUUGAUGUAUCUGAAAUAUGAAUCAAUUCAUAUCAAAACAUGGUUUUGGCAAAACGUGACCUCUUUUCCAUGAGAAAAAGACUCUCUCAUUGCCAACACCAGCCUGUGAUGUUAACUUCACUGACUGAUUUUGAAUUGUGUUGUCAUUUCUCCAUAACUGGGUUGGAAGUGAACUAUUGCAUCUUCACUGUGAACUAUUGCAUCUUCACCGUGAACUAUUGCAUCUUCACUGUGAACUAUUGCGUCGGGGUACAAGCUGAUCAAAGCAAUCUCAAACAGCCUCUAUAUUUGAAACAGCUAGUCAACAUAAUGCACUAGUUGACCGUGAAUGGAUGUUUGGGUUCUUAUGUAAGUAGGUUGAGAUCGGAUUCAACAUUGUUUACUGGUUAUGCAUUGGAUUCAAGUUGAGACAUGAAAAUCAGACAGGACUAAACCAGAACUGGCUGAUUUGGAUUGGUUUUAGCUGUCAGAUUGGAUAGACCUCUGAUCCGAUGCAAAUCUUCAGAAUCGUAUAUCUUCAACAAA